GAAGAAAGAGAUUAGAGUCUGUAGAAAGUUCAGGAAACGUCCUUCACUCGUCGAAGGAGAACGGGUAUUUACAAGUAUGGUUUGCCUAAGUUAAACGCCUGUUCUCCUUUGACCCAAUCGUUCAAUUUCCGAUUCAUAGGAGCAUUGUUGUGAUCGAAGAGAUUCUUGGUUUCUUGGUCUCUGUGGUCUGCUUCUCUGUAUCUGUUGAUGUAUCUUGCUGUUUUCAAAGAGGAGGAUCGGCUUCUGAAUGUGCCCUACUCAUCUCUGGAUGUUCUCAGGCCAUUAAGUCUGCCUUUGGAACAGAAGUCCUUCUGUUUUUGUAUCCCCAUAGAUCGAUGGGAUAAGGAGUUCUUUAAGCUUGAGGGUUGAUAAUAACUGUUUGUCAAAUUUCUAGAGAUUUUUGUAGAAUACUUGGUUUGAGAUGAGUUCUUCACAAGGGUCCACAUUUUCAACAAAUAUGGCUGGUUUUGUUGAUGGCUCGUCAGCACGCAAAGAGGUUUCGUACAUUGAUUAUUUGCCAGUUUAUGUUAGGGAGCUGAUAGCUGGUGGUGCUGCUGGCGCAUUUGCUAAAACAGCUGUUGCACCUUUAGAACGGGUUAAAAUUCUCUUGCAGACUAGGACUGAAGGUUUCCAAUCACUUGGCGUGUAUCAAUCCUUAAAGAAAGUUCUCAAGCAUGAAGGGGUUCUUGGAUUCUAUAAGGGGAAUGGAGUUAGUGUUCUUCGAAUUGUUCCUUAUGCAGCUUUACAUUUUAUGACUUAUGAGCAGUAUCGGUUAUGGAUCUUGAAUAACUAUCCUGCCUUUGGAUCAGGGCCUGUUGUAGAUCUCUUGGCUGGUUCUGUUGCUGGGGGAACAGCAGUUUUAUGCACUUACCCCUUGGAUCUGGCUCGUACUAAGCUUGCUUAUCAGGCAAGUAGAUUUCAUGAAUAUUUCUUUCUUGAGCCUGGAACUAGCAUCAUGCUAGCUCUGGAAGUUCUAAAAGUGAACUUGUGGUUUCAAGGAGCUUGUGUUUCUAAAUGUUGUACGCAUUCAUUCAAUUAUUUUCACUGCUUAUCAAGUUUCAGACUAUUAAAGGAGAUAAUAGUUGAGGAUGCCAGAGGAAGUUUAAGCUGUGGUGUGAAAAGUGUAUACUCAAGACCAAUGUAUGGUGGCAUAAAAGAUGUACUGACGACUGUCUACAAGGAAGGGGGAGUGCGUGCAUUAUACCGAGGUUUAGGUCCAACACUCACUGGAAUUCUUCCUUAUGCUGGUUUGAAGUUCUAUAUUUAUGAGGAACUCAAGAGUCAUGUUCCUGAAGAGCACCAAAAGUGCAUUGUGAUGCGUCUUUCUUGUGGAGCCCUAGCUGGGUUAUUAGGUCAGACCUUCACAUACCCACUGGAUGUUGUUAGGAGACAGAUGCAGGUUGAAAGUCUUCAACCUUCAGUUCAAGGCGAUACCAGAUGCAGAAACACAAUGGAAGGGCUGACCACUAUUGCCCGUAAUCAAGGAUGGAAACAGUUGUUUGCUGGCCUUAGCAUUAAUUAUAUAAAGAUUGUUCCUUCUGUUGCAAUUGGUUUCACAGCAUAUGACAUGAUGAAGGCUUGGCUUCACAUCCCACCAAGACAGAAAUCUAAGUCAGCAUCCACUGGAUAAAUCCCAAAAACCAGCCCUUUGUGAUGAGAAUGAAUGUGAGGGUAGCUGAUCAAAGAUGACCUUCUGAACGUGCUCCAUCCAAAAUUACUUCGGUUUCGCAUGGUGAAUUGUAGCCAGACACAGGAAAAGAUAGAUUAGUUCAACAUUGUCUCAAAUGCCAAUUGCAAAUACAAACCUAGUGUGAUAUUGUUUACAUCAUAAAUUAUAAAAAUUUAAGAUCAUGCCACGUGUCAAAAUAUUUUUAAAUAAAUGGAGGAGAUUUUA